AUGGUGUUCGACAUCGAGCUGCUUUACCAUACCAUCCCCAAAGUAAUGGCCAAGCUGAAAUCUCUAGCAGAGAUUAAGAUGAUUACGGAGAAACGAUUGCAAAGAUCAAGGAAAGAUUGGUCAAGGAAGUUGGAUGACGCCUUGUGGGCAUACGAACGGCUUUCAAAACAGGAUUGGCUGCGAGAAGAAAAAGGCAUUGUUACGAAUUUGAAUGAGCUAGAUGAGUUUAGGAAUGAAGCCUAUGAAAACGCGAAGAUAUACAAGGAGAGAACUAAAAAGUGGCACGAUCAAGGUCUAAUACGGAAAGAGUUUCAACCAGGACAGCAAGUUUUACUCUUCAAUUCAAGGCUGAAACUGUUUCCUGGAAAGCUGAAAUCAAGAUGGUCGGGACCAUUCACGGUGGUCAAGGUGUUUCCUUAUGGAGCGGUGGAGUUAAAAGGUGAAAGUCCAACAACUUUCAAAGUCAAUGGACAAGGUUAA